AAUAAGAAAGAGUACUUGAGGGCUGCUAUUGAAGCCUGCAUGCUAACUGGGCUCGUUUUUCAAUUCGAAUAAUAUUUGGGACCAAACGUCGUCGCUUACUAAACGCCUUAGCAGUUUAAACCCUCGAAUUUAGGGUUUAUGAUUUUGAAUGGAGAGUUUUUUUUUUUUAAUUUUUUUUUUAAGACAAGGCAGCUAAUGGAGAGUUCAAAUAUGUCAACUUAGAUUCACUGCUGCAAAUCCCUAGUUUUCUAGCAAUAGAGUUAAUUCUCUGUUGCAAUCUUUAAUCUUUGUCUUUUAUUCCUUAUUUUUAUAGUUUUGGUUCAAAAUAAGUGUCAACAAAUGUCCCAAAAUAACCUUCAGUCCGAUUUAAUGCCAAACCCUAGAGUAACAUGGGAAGGUUGCAGCGUCUUGCUCGACAUCAACGACGGCGACCGUCUCGUUUUCGCUCGUCUCACUCCAGGCUCGACUUUAAAAAUUGGCAAUAAAAAUUAUUCUUUGCGGCCGUUGAUAGGCUGUACAUUCGGUUCUUUGUUUCAAAUUGAUAACGGGCCGGAAGGUCCUUGUUUAUCUCGAUUUGUUCCCGCCACAGAAGGUAAUAAUGUGGAAGAAAAAUGCGAUUGUGAAAUAAUUGAGGAAUCAAAAGAUAACAGGGCCAUACUCGAUAAUAAUUUAGCUCAGACCCUAACUGGUGAAGACAUAGAUGAAAUGCGGAGACAGGGUGCAAAAGGUGAUGAAAUAAUUGAAGCUCUCAUUGCCAACAGCACAACAUUUGAGAAGAAAACAUCGUUCUCCCAAGAGAAAUAUAGGAUUAAGAAACAAAAGAAGUAUGCACCUAGGGUACUUCUAAGGCGACCAUUUACUCGAAGCAUAUGCGAGGCAUACUUCAAGAAAUAUCCUGCUAGAAUUGGAUUCCUGAGAGUAGAUGCAUUGUCUCUGCUACUUUCAAUGGCAAAUGUUACUGCAAAUUCUGAUGUCCUUGUAGUGGAUAUGGUUGGUGGCCUCCUUACUGGUGCCAUAGCUGAGCGUUUAGGAGGUACUGGGUAUGUGUGCAAUACAUAUCUUGGAGGUACGCCAUAUUCCACAGAUAUAGUGAGAAUGUUCAACUUCAAUAACGAUGCUUGCAAAAGGAUUGUUCGAGCUUCGCUGAAUGACCUCAGCGGAACUUCUAAGCCAAUGAGUUCACAUGAAGAUGGCCCUAGCGUGGAGGCAAAUGAUCAAAAUUCAUCAAUCAGCAUGGAGGAAAUCCCCGAGUCAUCUGAAAAUCAGGUUGCAGAUCUAGAUCAUGAUGCUACUGCUUCUCCCAUAAGCAAAAUGAGCAAAGCCCCUAAAGCUGGAGAAAGGGCAUCAGAAGAAGCGCUGAAAUUGUGGAAGGAAAAUGGUUUUUCAAGCCUGAUUAUUGCAGCUCCAGAUCUGGAUGCUUGGAGCUUAGUCAAAGUUCUGCUACCUCUUCUGUCAUAUUCAGCCCCAUUUGCUAUUUUCCACCAGUAUCUUCAGCCUCUUGCAACCUGCAUGCACAAUCUACAGCUUGGGAAAAUGGCAAUUGGUUUGCAAAUUUCAGAACCUUGGCUACGUGAAUAUCAGGUUCUUCCUUCUAGAACUCAUCCAUGCAUGCAAAUGAGUGCCUUUGGAGGUUACAUUCUAAGUGGGACAAAGAUAUGCAGCAGCUAAUGGCAGCUUCAAAAGCAGAAAUGGAUAAUACUGGGCCUUGCUCCAUUCAUGUGGCCUGUUCUUGGCAAGAGAAGCAAUUGCAAACUAGCUGUUGACUAGCUUUUACAUUUGUCAGUGUCUUUUGUUCUUAAGGCUCGGAACUGGGCCAUCAUUUCAUAAACUUGCAAAGCUAGCAUUAUAAUUUCUUUUUCUUUUUUCUGGCAGCUUUGCUUUCUAGUUUUCAUGACUAGAUAUGUUGUGACAAGUUUUGGGUUCUCUUUGUGGCCAUUACUUUCUUGUAGCAAGGGGGGAAAAGUGUAAGAUUUAGCAAAUUUAUCUUUUUCCCUCAUUUCUUCAUUUUUUCAA